UACCUCAAAAUACGCAUACAUAUCAUUCGCUUUAAAUAGUUUUCAUUUAACUUUUUAAUAAAAUGUUCAUCUGGCAAAUUAUAGCCGUGUGUGUUUCGAUCCUAACUACAAUCUACUCAUUGAUUUGCAGAGAUAGUAAAGCAGAUUUACGUUACCACUUCUAUUUGCUAGCAGAAUCCCAUCGAUCUUUGGGCGAAAAAUUACAUAUUGAAAAUGUAGAUUCAUUAGAAACCUGUAAACAACUAACGAGGCUAUAUAAAGGAUUGGCAUUUAAUUAUGGUCCCAAAGACAGACUCCGAAAUAAAGUUACCAUAGCUGGCAAUACGAGUAGGGAUCAUUAUUGGGAGCAAGCUCAGUUGUAUUUCAAUUGCCAUGUUUUGAAAUGUCCCGAAAGGGAAUCAUCCAAAACACUUAUAAACGAUUCCUCAUUUAACUAUUAUUCUUUAUAUGAUCAACUAAUUGCUGUUCCACAUCACAUUUGUGUAUCUCAAGUAGGCAUCUUUACACUUAGCACUAACCCCGAAACCUUUGUGAAUGCGUCAAUGCAAUGUCAAAAACCAAAUAACGAUACCAAACAGUGUGGUUCAUUGGCUCACAUUGCUUCGGAAAAACGUACAACAUCCCUGGCACGCAUUUUAACGGAAUACAAUGAAAAACAAGAGGAAAUAAAAUUAAAAUCAAAAAUUAAUUUAGCUUAUGUUGGCCUUCAUUUUAAUCGAUCACGAGGCAAUCAUUUUGAAAUGUUCAAUAUGGAUGACGAUAGUUUGCGAUGUUUUGGUUAUCGAGCUUGGGAACCAGGAAAUCCUAAAAUGAGUUCAAAUUUAAGAAACACCAGUUGUGUGGCGUUGUCUUCGCAUGGCACAUGGCUAACCGUGGACUGUAAACGAAAAUUGCCAUAUUUUUGUGAAGUUCUUACCCGGUGUCAUGACAAGAAGGAUGGAUGGAAGGGAGCGAAUCAAUGAAGUAACAAAAUAUUUUUUUAAUAAAAAUUGAAAGAAGUAACUCAA